AUGGAUGACAACAACUCCACCGGAGACUUCCACACCACUGGGCUGCAGCUGAAUGUGGCUGACAUAACUAUCAUCACCUUGUACUUUGCUCUGAACAUGGCUGUGGGCAUAUGGUCCUCAUGUCGAGCCAGCAGAAACACAGUACGUGGCUACUUCUUGGCAGGCCGAGACAUGAAGUGGUGGCCGAUUGGAGCCUCCCUCUUUGCCAGCAGUGAGGGGUCUGGACUCUUUAUUGGACUGGCAGGCUCAGGCGCAGCUGGAGGCCUGGCUGUGGCAGGUUUCGAGUGGAAUGCCACAUAUGUGCUGCUGGCCCUGGCAUGGGUCUUUGUGCCAAUCUACAUCUCCUCAGAGAUUGUCACCAUGCCUGAGUAUAUUCAGAAGCGCUAUGGAGGCCAGCGGAUACGCAUGUACCUGUCUGUCCUGUCCCUGCUGCUGUCUGUCUUCACCAAGAUAUCGAUUGAUCUGUAUGCUGGAGCACUCUUUGUUCACAUCUGCCUGGGUUGGAACUUCUACCUGUCCACCACCCUCAUGCUGCUCAUCACGGCUCUGUACACCAUCGCAGGAGGUCUGGCUGCCGUGAUCUACACAGAUGCCCUGCAGACCUUCAUCAUGGUGAUAGGGGCUGUCAUCCUUACUGUCAAAGCUUUCAGCCAGAUUGGUGGUUAUGACCAGCUGGAAGCAGCCUAUGCCCGGGCCAUCCCAGCCAAGACCAUCAUCAACACGACCUGCCACCUGCCGCGCAAAGAUGCCAUGCACAUGUUCAGAGACCCCUACACUGCAGACCUCCCGUGGACCGGGAUGACUUUCGGUCUAACCAUCCUGGCCACCUGGUACUGGUGCACUGACCAGGUCAUUGUGCAACGGUCACUGUCUGCCCGGGAUCUGAAUCAUGCAAAGGCUGGCUCCAUCCUUGCAAGCUACCUGAAGAUGCUUCCCAUGGGCCUGAUGAUCAUGCCUGGUAUGAUCAGCCGUGCACUCUACCCAGAUGAUGUGGGCUGUGUGGUACCCUCCGAGUGCCUGCGGGCUUGUGGGGCUGAGAUCGGCUGUUCCAAUAUCGCCUACCCCAAGCUGGUCAUAGAACUGAUGCCCACAGGUCUUCGGGGACUGAUGCUCGCUGUGAUGAUGGCUGCGCUCAUGUCGUCAUUGACCUCCAUCUUCAAUAGCAGCAGCACGCUCUUCACCAUGGAUAUCUGGCGGCGACUACGGCCCAGUGCUGGCGAGCGGGAGCUGCUGCUGGUGGGGCGGCUGGUCAUCGUGGUGCUCAUUGGUGUGAGUGUAGCCUGGAUCCCCAUCCUGCAGGGCUCGAAUAGUGGGCAGCUUUUCAUCUACAUGCAAUCAGUGACCAGCUCCCUGGCUCCACCAGUGACCGCAGUCUUUGUCUUGGGAAUCUUCUGGCAGCGUGCCAAUGAGCAGGGGGCCUUCUGGGGCCUGAUGAUAGGACUGGCUAUGGGUGCUGGGCGGCUGGUCCUGGAGUUCCUGUACCCAGCCCCACCCUGCGGUGCCCCGAACACACAGCCGGCCCUCCUCGGCAGCAUCCACUACUUGCACUUCGCCAUCGUUCUCUUUGUGCUUAGCAGUGCUGUGGUGGUGGCUGGGAGCCUACUGACUCCAGCCCCUCAGGAAGCACAGAUUGAGAACCUUACCUGGUGGACACUAUCUCAGGCUAAAGCAGGUGAUGGCCAAAUGCCCCAGAAGUAUGCUUUUUGGGCCUGUGUCUGUAACUUCAGUGCUGUUCUCCUCAUGUGUGUCAAUAUCUUCUUCUAUGCUUACUUUGCCUGA